AUGUUGACAAUCACCAACGUUACUUGGCUGGACCUGCUAUGCCUCGCCGGUGUCACAGUGGGAGUCUAUUUGAUAAAGCAGACGGUCAUCAAGAAGAAUCCUGCACCAUAUCCACCUGGUCCCAGGGAGUGGCCUCUCAUUAGCAAUUUUUUGGAUAUGCCUCGCAUCAAGCCCCGGAUCACAUUUACUGAGUGGGGUAAGAAGUAUGGUGAUAUCACGCAUAUCGAGGUUCUGGGUCGGCACAUCAUUGUGCUGAACUCUGUUAAGACUGCAAUGGAUAUGAUGGACAGUAAAAGCACUUUGUAUUCUGACCGUCCUGUUCUUCCUAUGGCUGGCGAACUUCAACGCAAAAACUUACAUCGCGUCAUCGGCAGUCGCGCCGCAGUGAACGUAUACAACGAAAUUGAGGAGGUCGAGACUCGUCGAUUCCUGAAGUGUGUGCUUGUGAAACCUGAUCGACUGCAGGAGCAUAUCCGAUACACCGUUGGCGCUGUCAUUCUGCGCAUAUCUCAUGGUUAUGAAGUGAAAGAGAAAGAUGAUCCCUUCGUUGACCUCGCCAACCGCGUUCUAACCAAUGCUUCGCAGGCUUUGGCUCCCGGUGCCUUUAUAGUUGAUAUUAUACCAUUCCUGGCAAAGGUCCCCGCGUGGUUUCCUGGUGCUGGUUUCAAGCGCAUAGCAUGUGAAUGGCGUGCGGCCCUCAAAGAGAUGGCUUCUGCACCCCACCAAUUCGUCAAGGACCAGAUGGUUGCUGGCAUCGCCCCUGUAUCUUUUACCUCGAAUCUCUUAGAAGGCAGUGGUGUUUCUGCAGAAGAGGACUACGCCGUGAAAUGGUCUGCGCUUUCCCUAUACGCCGGUGGUACUGACACGACUGUUUCUGCAAUAUACUCGCUUUUUCUAGCUAUGACGCUUUCCCCUGAUGUGCAGAAGAAAGCUCAGGCUGAAAUAGAUGUGGUUGUCGGUCCUGACCGUCUUCCCACCUUCGCUGACCGCGACUCCCUCCCCUAUACUGAUGCCCUGGUAAAAGAAGUCCUCCGCUGGCACGUUGUCAGUCCUACAGGUCUCCCUCACUGUGUGACCGAAGAUGAUAUCCAUGACGGGUACUAUAUUCCAAAAGGGUCCUUAGUGAUACCUAACAUUUGGUUCAUGCUCAACGAUCCACGAACAUAUGCUAACCCCUCGCAAUUCAACCCUGAACGCUUCUUGGCUAAGGACGGAAAAGAACCUGAGAUGGAACCUCGCACAGCCUGCUUCGGAUUCGUUAGACGUAUUUGCCCAGGCCUCCACCUCGCUGAUGCCUCUAUCUGGAUAACUACUGCAAUGUCACUGGCAGUGUUUGACAUUUCAAAGGUUGUCGAGCAUGGUGUUGAGGUUACACCCGAUAUCGAUCAAUUACCAGGUUCAACCAGCCACCUCAAACCCUUUAAGUGUUCUAUCAAGCCUCGCUCCACAACUGCCCUUGGGCUCAUUGAGCAAUGA